UACUCCUGAGUGGAAGCACAGAGGAAAGAAGCGACCUCGCCUCCACCAUGGAGACGAGUUAGCUUGAUGUACUUGUGGGACAAGGUCAGGGUUUCCAUGAGAACUACUUGCUGAAUGGAAAAUCUAUAUCUUCCGAUGGAGUGCAUCGUCAAAACACAUCGACUACGAUAAAAAUCCUCCUUACGGGGGAAUGCCAGCUCCUGAGCCGGGCCCAGCGAUGGAGGAGGGGCUGAGCGUCCGCCAGGGAGCCUCCGGCCACGGCCUGGAGCCCGACAGCAACGCCACCAACAUCCUGGCCUCCGUCAAGGAGCAGGAGCUGCAGUUUGAGCGGCUGACCAGGGAGCUGGAGGUGGAGAGGCAGAUUGUGGCCAGUCAGCUGGAGAGAUGCCGACUCGGGGCCGAGUCGCCCGGCGCCGCCAGCGGCAGCUCUUCUGAGAAGUCCUACAACUGGAGAUCUGCAGAUGCCUCGACCGGGGGCGAAACGAAGUCUCGGGUGACGGACAGCUCGCAGUCCCCGCCCUACCACGUCAGGAGUGACCCGGAGCCAGCGGCGCUCUACUCCCCCGAGCAGACCUCUCUCCAUGAAAGUGAGGGGUCCGCGGGGAAUUCGCGCAGCUCCACGCAGAUGAACUCGUACUCGGACAGCGGCUACCAGGACGCCGGCAGCUACUACAGCGGCCAGAACCUGGCCAAGGCCGAGCUGAGGCUGCUGCACUCCUACCCCGGCACCGGCGGCGGCCCCGCCCCCGGGAGGAACGCCCGCGCCGAGGGACAGGCCUCCGUCCAGGCCCCGGCGAGCGGCCCCGCGGCGUCGGGGCGGGCCCUGCGGCGGGCGGGCUCGGCGCAGUCGCGCACGCAGUCGCCGGCGUACGGCAGCAGCGCCUCGCCGUCGCGCGGCUCCCUCCGCACCUCGCUGGGCAGCGCGUACGGGUCGCCCGUGGUGACGGAGCCCAAGCCCCUCCCCGCCGUCUUCCCCAGCGCCACCCUGCCCCCGUCGCCCCGCGGGGGGUCGCCCUACUCCGCCCACCAGGGCGGCUCGCCGGCCGGGCUGUGCCGGGCGGGGUCCUCCAGCUCCCGCUCGGGCGGCGGCGGAGGCCACGCCUCCUCGCCCUACCAGGGCCGCGCCGGCUCCCCGCUGACGCCGUCCGACGGGCCCCUGGGCCCCUCCCCCACCCGGGGGGGCAUGACGGCCGUGCCCCAGCACUACGGCUCCACCCUGCCCUGCCCGCUGCGGCACGAGGCCGACCCCUACGGCCCGCUGGCCUACGACGUCUACGAGAGGAUGAUCCCGCCCCGCCCAGACAGCCUCGCAGAUGCUCUGAUAGAUGAUGACAUGCAAGGGCUCCGGAGCUCCUACGCCAGCCAGCACAGCCAGCUGAGGUCGGCCAUGUCGCCCGACCGCCACAUCACGCCCAUCUACGAGGACGGGACCUUCCACGGCGCCCUCUACCACAGCCCCAACCACGGGGCGGUGGAGCUCAACCACAGCAACCAGAGCGCCCUCUACAGGUCCGCGUCAGGCGUGGGGAACCUGCAGCGGACGUCCAGCCAGCGCAGCGCCCUGACGUACCAAAGAGGCAACUACGCCCUGAACAACGGCGCCGCCUACGCCGACCCCUACCGCUCCACCCUCUACCGGCCGGCCGAGCCCGGCUACGCCCGGCAGCUCGUCGCCGUGGACGACGGAGCCACGCGCUCGCCCUCCAUAGACAGCAUCCAGAAGGACCCCAGGGAGUUUGCGUGGCGGGACCCGGAGCUGCCCGAGGUGAUCCACAUGCUGCAGCACCAGUUCCCCUCGGUGCAGGCCAACGCCGCCGCCUACCUGCAGCACCUCUGCUUCGGGGACAACCGCGUCAAGGCCGAGGUGUGUCAUCUCGGGGGGAUCAAGCACCUGGUGGACCUGCUGGAUCACAAGGUGGUGGAGGUGCAGCGCAACGCGUGCGGGGCCCUGCGGAACCUGGUGUACGGGAAGGCCACGGACGACAACAAGGUGGCGGUGCGCAACGCCGGCGGCGUCCCCGCCCUGCUGCGGCUGCUGAGGAAGACCGCCGACGCCGAAGUGCGGGAGCUGGUCACCGGAGUGCUGUGGAACCUGUCCUCCUGUGACGCAGUGAAAAUGACCAUAGUGCGGGACGCCUUAAACACUCUGACCAACACUGUGAUCAUCCCCCACUCCGGAUGGAGCAGCUCCUCCUUCGACGACGACCACAAGCUCAAAUUCCACUCCUCGCUCGUCCUGCGCAACACCAGCGGCUGCCUGAGGAACCUGAGCUCGGCGGGGGAAGAGGCCAGAAAGCAGAUGCGGAGCUGUGAGGGGCUGGUGGACUCUCUGCUCUACGUCAUCAAGGCCUGCGUCAGCACCUCCGACUUCGACAGCAAGAUUGUGGAGAACUGCAUCUGCACGCUGAGGAACCUCUCGUACCGGCUGGAGCUGGAGAUGCCUCAGGCCCGGCUGCUGGGGACCCAGGGGCUGGACGGCCUCCUGCUGGGCAGCGAGUCCCCCAGCAAAGAGGCCGACUCCAGCUGCUGGGGCAAGAAGAAGAAGAAGAAGAAGACUGCGCAGGAUGAGCAGUGGGACGGCGUGGGGCCCAUCCCGGGCUUCUCCAAGUCGCCGAAGGGGGCGGAGAUGCUGUGGCACCCGGCCGUGGUGAAGCCCUACCUGACGCUGCUGGCCGAGAGCUCCAACCCCGCCACCCUGGAGGGCUCGGCCGGCUCCCUGCAGAACCUCUCCGCCGGGAACUGGAAGUUCGCGGCAUACAUCCGCGCGGCGGUGCGGAAGGAGAAGGGCCUGCCCAUCCUGGUGGAGCUCCUGCGCAUGGACAACGACCGCGUGGUGUGCUCCGUGGCCACCGCGCUCAGGAACAUGGCCCUGGACGUCCGGAACAAGGAGCUCAUCGGAAAGUACGCCAUGCGGGACCUGGUGAACCGGCUCCCCGGGGGCAGCACCACGCUGCUGUCGGACGAGACGGUGGCGGCCGUCUGCUGCACCCUCCACGAGGUCACCAGCAAGAACAUGGAGAACGCCAAGGCGCUGGCCGACACCGGCGGCAUCGAGAAGCUGGUCAACAUCACCAAGGGCCGGGGGGAGAGGUACUCCAUGAAGGUGGUCAAAGCGGCCGCCCAGGUCCUGAACACCCUGUGGCAGUACAGGGACCUGCGCACCAUCUACAAGAAGGACGGGUGGAACCAGAACCACUUCAUCACCCCCGUGACCACGCUGGAACGGGACAGGUACAAGUCUCAGCCCACCCUGCCCAGCAGCACCUUACAGAUGUCGCCCGUCAUCCAGUCAGCUGGUAGCGCGACCUCCUCUCCCGCAAUGCUGGGGAUUAAAGAACAUCGCUCAGAUUAUCAGAGAACAAAGUCGUCUAUGCAAUUUUAUAACUACCAGGGAGACAACAAUAUCCAUAAAAGUCAGUACACAGGGUCUGGGAAGCCAUCGCCGUUUUAUAUUGGGUCCUAUUCGUCGCCGUCGAGGGAGAGGGACUCCAGGAGAGCGCAGCACCAGCAGCUCUACUACACCGACGAGCCCGGGCGGAGGAACUACGACACCUACCGAAUGUACCUGCAGUCCCCGCAGGGCUACCAGGACCCGUACUACCAGGACCCGGGCCCCUUCGCCCCCGCCGCCGACUACGCGCCGCAGACCCUGGGCCUCAAGGCCAACACCAACUACGUGGACUUCUACUCCACCACCCGGAGGCCCUCGUACCGGGCCGAGCAGUACCCCGGGUCCCCGGACUCCUGGGUCUAACCGCGGGCCCCCACCCCCCGCGUGACGGAGCGAGGGAGGGAGGGAGGGAGGGAGCGACUGACUCUUCCACCCACUUUCGUUUGUACGUUUGUUUGUUUUUUUUUAAGGCGAGAAUCUGAACGAGGGUCAGCGACGUGGAGACGGAGGAAGCGGACGUGAGCCAAAGAAGGAGAUCAGGGAACGUGUGAUUUUUUUUUGUUUCGUUUUUUUUAGUUGGGGGGGAAAAAGGCGCGAGCUGCGCGUUGGACGGCGACACUGGACGUUAUCGUGAGCGUCUUUUCGCUCCGUCUAGAUGUUAGUUUUGUUUAAGUUGAUUUUUUUUUUCCAUUAGCUGUGGUAGCAUGAUGAGGGUCAUAGGUCACGUGUGGAAGGGUUUGUGGAGGUGAAUCAGACAAGGGGGAAUGAGUUUGUAGGCCAAAAACUGAGAAACUGAUCAUGAUUUCAUAUUUGUUAAAAAAAGAAUAAUCUAAUGUUAGUUUGUACAGAGGAAUCCUAACAUAUUCCUGUCAUGUUUUAUUGCUGUACUUACUAUUGAGAUUGUAUAUGCCAUGAAGUCUUGUAAAUGUCCUUAAUUUUAUUGUAAAUACAGAAAAUAUGUCACCCGGUCUACACUCAUUGCACUGGUAAAGUCUUGUGCUAUGUUAAAACUAUAUAGAUAUUAUAAAUACAUGGAGAAAUUAAGGAGAUAAAUUAUAAAAAAAGAUGGCAUCCACACAGAAGCAUUCAAAUGUAAUAAAAUUACAAUUUUGUUUUUUUAAA